AUGAAUUUAAUACUCAUUAGUUCCAAAAUAAUAUAUAAAAACAAUGAAGAAUAUUUUUUUAAAACAGAUAGUAGACAAACAAGCCAUUUAAAGAACAUAUUAAAUGUUACGUUAAAUCAGAUUAUUAAAGUGGGAGUGAUAAAUAAAGGUAAAGGAGAAGGAAUAAUUGUAGAAGAGAACAAAAGUUAUUAUAUUAUAAAAUUAUUAACGCCUAUUCAUUUAGAAGAAAAAUCAGAUGAUAACAUUCUUCCUAUAGAUGUUGUUAUAUGUAUACCUCGACCAAAAGUGUUAAAUAAACUUUUACAACAAUUAUCUUCAUUGGGGGUGAAAAAAAUUAUUAUUGUAUUUUCUGAUUUUUCCAAUAAAUGUUAUGAAUCCAGUAAAGUUUUAAAAAAUGAAGAAAUUAAACUUGCUCUUCAGUUGGGCUUAGAACAAGCCAUGUGUACUAGAUUUCCAGAAAUUUAUAUACAUUACUCAUUUAGCUCUUUUUUUAUGAAUAUUGAAAAAUAUACAGAUGAACAUACAUUAAAAAUAUGUGCACAUACAAAUGUUGAAAAAAAAAAAAAUUCUGAAGCAAUUGAAUACUCCAUUUUGAAUAUGGAUAAAGGGAAAAUCCUUUUAAUGCUUGGAUGUGAAAGAGGAUUUUCAGAACUUGAAUUAUAUUUAAUAAAAAAAUUAAACUUCCAUUUUUUUAAUUUAACAGAACGAAUUUUAAAAUGCGAAACAGCUUUGUUAAUAAUAAUUGGACAACUUCUUUUAUUAACAGAAAAUAUAUCAUUAAGAAAAAGUGGAUCCAAAAUGAGACGAUUCUCACCACAUAAAAAAGAAAUAAUAAAUAAUAAUAUAUGUGAAAAUAUAACACAUAUAGAAAAUAAUAAUGACAUUAAAAAUAAUUUUGGUAAUGAUAAAAUUCAAUGUAAAAUGCAACUUAUAAAUGAAGUAAAGAAAUUAUUAACGGAGGAAACAUUUUCUUCUGAACAGUUAAUAACUUUUAUAAAAAAUACCUUGCAUGUUCAGGAGAAAAAACACAUAUGCAGCACAACAGAUAAUUAUUUAUGUUUACCUGAUGAAAAAUUGGAUAUUAAUGAUGAUGUCAACAUAAUUGAUAUUCUUUUAAGGGAUAUAUCUUCUUAUAAUGAAAAUGAAGAAACUAAUUUUGAAAAAAUAUAUUUAAGUUUACAACUGAAGAAAAUAAAAUAUAAGCAUCGUUUUUAUUUAUCAUAUGGUGACAUAAAAAAUAAUGUGGAUGAUGAUGGUGUGUAUAUAUAUAGAACACAAAGAUAUAUAUCAAAGAAAAAAAAUUAA